GUUUGCGGCGAUCGAGCUGUCGGCUAUAACUUUGAUGCCCUAACGUGUGAGUCGUGUCGAUCAUUUUUUCGUAGAAAUUAUACACGUAUUGAGGAUUUUGAGUGCUUUUUUGGUGACAAUUGUGAGAUAAAUCGUUUGACACGAAAAUUUUGUAAGAGAUGUAGACUUAAUAGAUGUUUUACCGUUGGUAUGAGAAAUAAAACAAUUGUUACUAAAAGUGGUCGACUCUUAUCAUUGAAACAAUCAAAGAAUAUUGAUUUCAGUGAAGAUUUAUUAUAUAAAUCGUCAAACGCUUUGAUUUCGAGUAAAAGGAAUGACAAUAAAAUCCCAUCAAUUUUCAGAGGAUUUAUAUUUAACUUAAAUGACAACGAGAUUAAAGUUUUAAAAGAGUUGUUUAGUUCAGUGGCUGUGGUUAGAGACCCGCCGACUAAAACCAUAGCCUAUGAGACGGUCUGUGUUUCGGACGCGAUUCAAGUGUUGCAAAACGGAGCGGAUCUCAACUUUCCUAGAAUUGUCAAAAUGUCGGCUAAUAUUAAUGGAUUCAAAGAGUUGUGCGAAGACGACAAGAUUGCACUCCUGAAGACGGCCUGUCCUCAGCUCAUGCUUUUGCAGAGUAUAUUUCAUUUCGACUUUGAGGGCCAGUUAUGGACACUUCCAAUUGACGAAGAGAAAACAACGCUAUUGCGAACCACGGUUGUAUUAUUUAAUCCCAAUCUACCGAAUCUGGUUCAUAGAGAUAAUAUAAUACUACAACAGCAGACAUACAUGUAUUUACUUCAACGGCCAGAUAACCUUACGUCAUAUGUUUGCGGCGAUCGGGCCGUCGUUAAAUACCCGGACGUAUUAUAUAUAGGCUAUAACUUUGAUGUUCCCACUUGUGAACCAUGUCGCUCAUUUUUCCGCCGCAAUGCCCCAUAUGUUGAGCAAUAUGUGUGCGUUUUUGGCAACAAUUGUAAUAUAAGUCGUUUGACCCGAAAAUUCUGCAAAAAGUGCAGAAUUGAUAAAUGUUUUGCCGUUGGUAUGAAAAUUAAAACGGAUCCCAAAAGUGAUGAAUUAUCACGUGAUGGACAUCUGAAUAAUGUGGACAAAGAGUGUAAUAGUUUGAUGGCUGUGGAGAACAUCGAUACCCAAAUACCAUCGGUUAUCAAAGGCUUUAUAUUCAACUUCAAUGAGUUAGAAAUGAAACGAUUCAAAGAGUUGUUUAAUUCAGUGACAGUCGUUAGAGACCAGACAAUUAGGGCCAUAGCUUUUGAGACGGAGAGUGUGUCGGAAGCGCUUCAGAUGAUGCAGAAUAGGAUUAAUUUCAAGUUUACACAAAUGGUUAAAAUGUCGGCAAAUAUUAAUGGAUUCAAACAGUUGUGCGAAGACGACAAGAUUGUGCUCCUGAAGGCCGCCUGUCCUCAACUCAUGUUUUUAUUAAAUAUCACUGAUUUUGCCUUCGAUGGCAUGUUCUUCAGGAUUCCCAUUGACGAAGAAAAGGCAACUAUAAUACGGUUAAGUCUUAUGACGACAUGGAGUAAAAUUGUGGGCGAAAUACACGAGAAAUUUCUACUCCAACAGAAGACAUACAUGUAUUUACUUCAACGCUAUUUAGAGAUUAAACACAACUCAAAGUCAGAAUCGGAGAUACGUUUCGGGAGUUUUAUGAAUUGUCUGCAAGUGUUACGUGACUUAAGCCGAAUAAAUAUGUUUCCACUCAUACGAACUCGACUCGAGUCGACUCAACUCGUCCAACUCGACGAAGUCAGAAUCGGAGACAUGUAUCGGGAGUUUUAUGAAUUAAGGCAUUACGAGGUC